GGGGGGUCCGGUGGAUCGCUGGGGAAGGAAAGAGAAGAAACAGAUAAAACCGGGGUAGAGGGUAAAAAAAGGUGUCCGGCGCUACUCGGAAUCCAGGGGCCGCUGCAGUCGCGGGCGGAGCCGGGAGGUGGGCUCCGGAAGAGCCUGCGGGAGGGAAAGGGAGGACCCGCCGGGAGCGCAGCCUGCAAGCGGGGAAGGAAGAAGGAGGCCUUGGAGAAACUGACUCGGGCCCUGCGCCCCGGCGGCGCUCGGGAGGGGGCUGCGGACGCCGAGAGGACCCCGAUUCCCGCCGGGCUCCCGGGAGGGGACAGACCCCGGCCGGGCCCUAAGUGCGAUAGGCGAUGAUACAACCCAGCUAAGCUGCGAAAGGAGAGUGUCUGACUCUGGACCCGAGGGAGGGGGUCUCCCGGCGGGGUGGGUCUCUGCGGUGGGGUGAGGGUCCGCACAGAUCCUGGGACGGAGGGGCGGGGGCUGCUGAGCUACACCGGAGUGGGCAGCCCCGGCCGGCUCACUUGCGCUGCGGUUGCCCGCGCUCCGGAUCCAGCUCAGAGCUGCCCCAACCCAGCUGCCCGCAGCCCGGCCCGCCGGCCGGCCAGGGGCUCCGAUCGGCGUCGCAGAUGGCCGCGCGCAGCUCUAGCACCUUGACGCCCUUCUCCAUCCAGGCGAUUCUCAACAAGAAGGAGGAGCGCGGCGGGCUGGCUGCUCCGGAGGGACGCCUGGCCCCCGGGGGCCCAGAGGUGGCGGUGGCCGUGGCACCCGCGGUCUGCUGCUGGCGGCUCUUUGGGGACACGGACGCGGGUGCGCUGGGGGGCGCCGAGGACUCUCUGCUGGCGUCUCGGGCCGGAACCAGAACAGCUGCGGGCCAGACCGCCGAAAGCCCGGGAGGUUGGGACUCCGACUCAGCCCUCAGCGAGGAGAACGAGAGCAGGAGGCGCUGCGCGGACGUGCCCGGAGCCAGUGGGACUGGCCGCGGGAGGGUGACCCUGGGCCUGGAGCAGCAGGGCUGCGAGCUACACACCGCCAAAGACCUGGAGGAGGAAGCCGCCGCCCGGAGCGACAGCGAGAUGUCAGCCAGCGUGUCAGGCGACCGCAGCCCGAGAGCGGAGGACGACGGCGUUGGCCCGGGAGGCGCACGCAUGCCUGGGCUGUGCAGCGGAGCGGGCGGAGCCGGGAGCGGCGGGCCAGCGGGCGGCGCUGAGGAGGAGGAAGAGCCGCCGGCCCCCAAGCCCCGCAAGAAGCGCUCCCGGGCGGCCUUCUCGCACGCACAGGUCUUCGAGCUGGAGCGCCGCUUUAACCAUCAGCGCUACCUGUCUGGGCCGGAGCGCGCAGAUCUGGCUGCGUCGCUGAAGCUCACCGAGACGCAGGUGAAGAUCUGGUUUCAGAACCGUCGCUACAAGACCAAACGCCGGCAGAUGGCGGCCGACCUGCUGGCCUCGGCGCCCGCCGCCAAAAAGGUGGCGGUGAAGGUGCUGGUGCGUGACGACCAAAGACAGUAUCUGCCCGGAGAGGUGUUGAGGCCGCCCUCGCUCCUGCCACUGCCACCGUCUUACUAUUACCCCUACUACUGCCUCCCCGGCUGGGCGCUCUCCACCUGCGCAGCCGCUGCGGGUACCCAGUGAGCGAGUCCUGCAGCCCCCGUUUGCACAGGCGCUGACAGGUGUUGGGGCUGUAUUCUGCAGGGGCGCUCCAGCGAGGACGCCCAGUGGAGGGUGAAGUCCUGUUCUGGCUCCGCUAGCCAAAGUGACCUGGCAGCCGAACUGAGUCUGUCUGCCCAGAGAGGGCGCCUUGUUCUGAUGUGAACAGAUGCGCCCUAUGACCCAGCGGCUCUGCACACCCGUCACCUAUCUGCAAGCCUCGAGACGCUAUUUAUUACCACAAUGUUGGAUUCGGAUUGCGUCUGCCUGGGGGUGAUGUCUGCCCGGAGUAGAGAGGACUCCUGGAGAUCCCACAGCCUGAAGCCUCGGAAGGAAUCUCGGGCCUGCCUGCCGGAGCUUCGCGCGCUAGGCCUCACUAGUUCAUGGUAUCCAUGCUACGGAUCUGUGUGUAUCUACAUAUUUUUAUAUUUGGAAAUUGAAUUUGUGACAAAGGAUUGCGGAAUCAUGGCAGCUCUGGGGACCAGGAGUUGAUAUGAACCCCUCGAAGGGAUUGGUUUGGGGGACCUCCCUCCCACACCUCACACACCCCUCACCCGGGCGCAUUUCAGGAUGCUGAAUGUAAGAAUGGGAGCCUUUCAUCGUGGGGCAGGCCAGGGAUCCCUAGACUUUCCCCUUCUGAAAUUCAGGGCCAAAGGGAAGUUGCCUGGAAGACCCCAAAGAGUUGGGGGCCCUACACUAAGGGUCCUUUGCAGAAACUUGCCUUUAUUUCUUUUUAUUUUUCAAAGAAGGUUGAGACUUGUAGCACUUUUCAGUUGUUUGUAUUCAAAUAACGGUUAUUUUUGUAUUCAAUGUGAAUAUCCCUGGCCCACCAUCCCGAGGCUGCCUCCGCAGUCCGCCUUUCUACCCCUACAUCCUCCUUGAAUCCUGCACCUGGGUCGGUGGCAACUCCCUCUCUGCCCCUCACCUGUUUCUACCCGUCUUAACAACCUCGCAGCUUUUCCGCCUCUUUAAGGGCACUGUGCACUCAACUAGAGUAUUAUCUUUAAAAGAUCUGUGAAGUUUGGAAGCUUUAUUGGCUGUAUGGUUUUUCUUUAAUUUAUAAACUUUCAGUUUAACAUG